AUUACUCACAAAGAUAUUUCUCUUAAUGAAUAUAAAGACAAGAUUCAUACAAAACUAAAAGAGAUGAAAGCUCUCCAAGUUGAAUUAUCUGUCUUGAAUUCUAAUUUAGCCUCAAAAAAUAGUGAAUUAGAGUGUAUAAAGAAUAUAUUAACUUUAAAAAAUAGUGAAUUAGAACUAAUAAAAAAUAAUUUGGCUGAAAAAAAUUUAGAGAUACGCUUCUUAGAAACUAGACUCAAAGAGCUAUUGCUCUACAAUAGAUUAUUAUCAGAACAAGUUAAGAUUGGAGAUAAGACAGAUGAAAAAAAUGAUGAUAAUAUAUCAGUUAUGCAGUCUCUGCCAAAGGAUCUGAACUCUUUAUCUCUUGCAAAAUAUUUUAUAUAUAAGUCUAAGACAGAGAAUAGUCAAAUAGAUAGAGAUAUCCAAGAAUCUUUGACUCAACAAACUUUAACCAGUUUAAAUGAUAAUAUGUCUAAAGAAUCAGAAAUCUCUAAUAAGAAUCCAGAGUAUAUUAUAUCUAAGAUAAAGAAUAAUAAUAUACCAAUAAGAAAGAUUGAAGCAUUACCUGUUGUGAUAUUAGAUGCUGGUGAAGCUUUAGACAAAGCUAAUAAACAUAUUGCAUCUCAUUGUCAAUCUCAUCCAGCUAGUCCAAUAUGGCCCUUUAGAAUAAUAGUUACAGGAAAAAGUAGAUCAGAUAAGACUAAUAUUUUAACAAAUCUUUUUCUUGAUGAUAAAGCUAAAUACAUAUAUAAAGGAAAAAAAGAUAGUAAAAGAUAUAUUUCUUGUAAUGAUUUAAUAGUUUGUGGUUAUUAUCCUGAUGAGCCAAAAUGGGCAUUCAUUAGAUAUAUUUCAUAUAAAGAUGUUUCUAAAAUUAUUCAUAGAUAUACAGAUGAUGUAAAAAAUGCAUUAAUGGUUAUUAACAGCUAUUUAUGCAAAAACAAAUUUAUUGUAUUUGAUCUAAAAAGGCCUAAGGAUGAUUUACUUGCAAUUCGGCUAAGGUUUGAUACUUCACUAGAUUUGCAAAAAGAGAUAAAAUUGUAA